AUGUCUGAUAAAUCUAGUAUCAGCUCUUCACAUUCCCUACGAUCUCGAGGUGCCAUUGAUGUGGCCUCGGCUGCUGGCUCUGGAACGACACGCAAGGCUCCCGCAGUCUGGUCAAAGGCGGAGGAAAGUACCUUCCUCGACUUCCUUCUGCUCGCCCUGUCUUCAUCAGGUGAUGGAGGCUUCAAGAUGGCGACUUUCAAUCAAGCAUCUGUCGAUCUCAAACUCAAGUACCCACAUCAAAGGGGCGCAGAGAAGACCGGUGUGGUGUGCAAGAAUAAAUUCAUGGCGCUCAAGAAAGUGUAUCACACUGUUGUUGAAAUAAAAUGCACAUCAGGUUUUACGUGGAGUAACGAGCAUGGGGCGGGUAUUAUGGAUCGAAAAGAUGAUGUAUGGGCACGAUUUACCAAGACACACCCUCAUGCAAAGCCCUUCAUGAUGAAGGGCUUCGAUCACUUCGAGACCAUGGAACAAUUGGUACCAAGCAAGGCCAAAGGGUCGCAUGUCUUCCGACCCACCGCCACAAGCAACACAACUCCUCAAGAUUCUACCACCUCUAUGUCACCUUUGAUCCCCACCGCAAUAGAUGAUGCCCUUCAAGGGCCACCAUCAUUGGUAGAUCCCGACUCCCUUGAAGUACCUGCUCCCUCUACAUUUCUCUCUCCCUCCACUGAAGGUUCUACCGACUCGGUAUGGACAAGUAUUAGCCGUGGAAAGCGCAAAUUCAGCGCGGUUUCUCCUUCAUCAAUUGUGAGUUUCCAGAAGCGCAGUCGUCCGCCAUCUGCCACAUUGUUGGUGCAGCAGGAGGAAUACCAGAAAUUCAUCGCCCCCUCUGAUUUAUUAGUGUCAACCUCUCCUCCCUUUUUCGAGUGUGAAUUUCCAGACUUAGGCAGGGCCAUCGCGCAGCACCAUGCAGCUCUCACUUCUGCCAACCAUGAGGACAGUAAGUUCUCCCCCAGUUCGCCAACUGCUAACAUUGGACUUCCAACGCCUCUGCCAUCCCCCCCACACAUUGGAAGGCGGCCUAUUUCUCCCCUCUCCCUAGGAGAGGGAACUUUAAUCAAUAUCAAGACUGAGCUGGUUGGCUCAGAAUCCCUCCUUCUGCAAGCACCUGCAGCACCAUCUCUGCAGCAACCUCAGCCAUCUACUCCUGGUCCGUUCCAGGUCCUGCAAGUUCCUUCUCAAUCCCUCAUGAUUACCUCUCCAGCACAGGUCACCCUUAUUCCCGCAACUGGGCACAUGCAGGCUGGAGACCCGGUUAAUAGACUUGUUUUCAGUACACUAUUUAGACUCUACUCUCUCCCCACAUCUGACCAGCCCCAAGCAUUCUCAGACACUCGCCCUAGCAUCCCAAUGGACUCAGGCCACAUACCAUUCGCGCCGGUUCCGCCAACUCGUGCUCCCACACCGUUCUCAGAGCAGCAGCAGCCCACAAAUCUCAGAGUCCCUGGGACAUCCCAGCUCUUCAUGCACAUUGAGGCCUAUGAAUGCUACCCACCAUCUUCGCCAACUAUGUCUGAUGAUUUGUCAUCUGACCUCUCGUCCCAAUUCGUUAUGCUGCCGGCUCCCACAUUACCCAUGUCCAUUGCCAAUCAUUUCAUCAACAGUUCAGACGACGACUUUGACUCUAGCGACGACUCGUCUUCAACAAGCUUGUCUGAUUAUCUCACACCCGAAGAUAAAAUUAUGGAAGACAUGUCUUUCAAUUAUCAUUUGCCAACCUGCGACCCCCACCUUCCUUUAGGCGACGUGCUCAUUGCAGCCGAUCAUCUCAUGGUAGGAUACACGACUAUGCCCGACAUCAUCGCCUAUCUGUCAUUUGAACCUCUAUCUAACACGAUGGUUGCUGACCCUCCCACAUACACUUCUAAAGACUGUAACGAGACCGACAUGUGUCUCAUCCUCAUUGAAGAUGACAAAGUGCUGCCCGCUUGGGUCAAUUGUGCUGCGUUCCUUCUGCAGACAUCACCUUUUUGUAACCCUUUUGUUACUCGUCAAGAAUCUGCCUAUCUACGAUCGGCAGCAGGCUACUUUCGCUUCUAUGGCUAUGAACAUACUUCUAACAUUAUUGACCACAUCCUACAGCUGACAGUGCCAGACGAGGAUGUAGUACACAUCCUUUUGCAAGAACUUCUCCUCGAUAACCUCUUUUGCACUAAUAUCAAGCCUCACUCAAGUCUUGGGAGCAUCCUGGCACUCCAUGAACGCAAGCAUCAUCAAGACUUUGUGAUGUUUCAACCCGGUCCUGCUAGAACAUACAAGGACCCUGUCAUAUCCCGUAUUCCGGACCUACAUCUGACGAUGUUCCCAUGCCUCAUCCACACAUCUGGAUCCCCUAUCCAUGUCUCCAGACCUUCAGCUUCUCUAUUUGCCCAAUUCCUGGAUCCGAUGUCCAGACAUCUGAUUUGA